CUCUCUUUCCCUCUCUCUCUCUCUCGCCCCCGCUGCUGCCUGCUAUGCCCCAGCAGCUAUUGGAGCUCAGCCAUCCAGAAGUAGCAGAGCGCUGGCUAGCUUUGGUAGCUGUUCGUCGAUAAGAGCCCCCUCCCGCUUCCCGCACGCCACAUAUAGCAAUCUUUGCUGUUGCCUCCCGAUCCGCUGUACUUCCGGCAUCGCAGGCCAAGGAUUGCCACCGAUCCAUCGUUUGUUUUCCUCUAGCGCCAGGAGAGCUCCAUCUUCUUCUUUUUUGCUGAGAUUGGUGCUGCUGCUUGGAGUAGACGCCAGCUUUGUGGCAGAUUUGUAGAACUUUAGCUGGAUUAUCUUAGCACAAGGUGUCUCUGUAAAACACUCCAGUUUCAGUAAGCAAACUGAUACUGAUAGAGUAGAAGCAGCCGCUUCAGUGGUUGCCCAAACCAAUCUAUAGUUCUUGCUGCUGCUGCUGCUGCUGAGUUGAACCAACCAAUGGGUAGAGGAAGAGGCAGAGGCAGAGGAAGGACGGCGGCCAUUGCCAGGAGCCAUGAAGACAAAGGAAGCAGCGGUGAAGAGGUCGUGCCUGCAAGAAAGAGGAGAGGGAGGCCGCAGAAGCACUUCGCCGAUAAAACCGAACAGGUUGAUGUUGAGAAUUUCGUAGAAGAUGUCGAUGGCGGCGAUGAAGAUGGCAAAGAUGUUAAACUGAAUGCAAGUGCUGGUGUGAAGAGAGGCAGGCCACUGAAGGAGAGCCCCAACAUGGUCCUGGAAGAGAACAGCAAUUCCAGCGUUCGAUCAAGCAGCGAUGAAUCGGCCAGGACCAAUGGGUUCAGGCAGAUUGGGAACCGGAGGAAGAGCACGCCCCGGCGAGCAGCGGAGGCAGGGCUGGAAUGCAAGUAGCAAUGAGCAGUGCCAUGCCAAUCCAUCCAUGCGAUUUUCGGUGCCAGGUAGCCUUCAUAAUUUGUUUCAAAUGUAAACAUGACAUGCACCGAGUGCUGAAAUUCGUGUGUUUAUGUGGACGCAAAAUGUAUGAACUGAUGAUAGAACACCUACGGAAUCUUGUUCAGCUGUUGUAGGCUGAUUACUACUA